AUGCCCAUCCCCGACAGUCGUGUCCUCCCUGUCCCGUAUGCUAUCAGUCUCAUGGCUGGCCUCCGUCACUGGAAGCCUUUGAGUAUCCCCGGCGAUCUCAAGCCGGCUGGGAAACAAACCGCCAGACCGGUCACUUUUCAGGUGAAAAUCUUGAUAUUAAUUAUCGAGAUGCUUGACAUGGCCAGUCAGAUUGCGUUUGCUCUGACCUGCAAGCAAUUCUUGAAAGUAGCCUUGAUGGCGAAACUCAAGCUUUCCGAAAUGGAGGGCGUGCAGAUCUACUAUGGAAACUUGGCGGACAGAUACAUUCUUCUCACCCGUGUCUUACCUCGCUGCCCUCGCACCCUCCAGUUCUCCCGAGAGUGGAACGUCUGUCACAGUUGUGCAUACAUACGUCCCACUCGUGAGCUGUACUGGCUUCUCAAAAAGCCCAGUAUCGUGAGCCUGGAGGAGUGGUCGCGCUUCGUGUACGACUGGAAGUACAAGCGCAUCAUCAAAUGUCCUUCCUGCCAGGCUCGCGGUUUCCACGGCCCACUCAUUGCCUGCUACACCCCCAGUGGUGCCGACCCCACCACCUUCACCGACGCCCGCAUCGUGGAGGUCACUGAUGAUGAGUGGGAAGGCUACAGCGAGGGGUUUGCCAGCCAGGAGGGCGUUGAUAGCAACGGGGCGGUUCGCGACGACCAUGCGGAAGCGGAGAAUGACGGAUAG